AUGCGGUUCAUGGGGACUAAAAAAUCCGCCAAAGAGGACGAGGACAACUGGAAUAUUUCAAGGCAGAACGACUUUUAUAACGCCUUUACGGCAAACUGCUAUAGCGUCUACUAUUAUCAACUUAGGGAGGAGGGCUUUGUGGGCUCGCUCGAGCGAAUUCCGGAAUUUUUUGUCGCCCCAAACUUCAACGCCAGUGCGGUGGGGCGCGAAGAUAAAAAAAAACCAAACACCCACACGAUCGAUACGGAAAUGGCAGCCUCACAACUGUGGUAG